CGUGCUGAUGUUGUUGCAAAUGAUGCAGGUGAUAGAGUUACUCCAGCUGUUGUUGCCUACUCAGAAAAUGAAGAGGUGGUUGGAAUGGCAGCAAAGCAAAGUAGAAUAAGAAAUAUUUCAAAUACUGUCAUGAAAGUCAAGCAGAUCCUUGGCAGAAGCCAGAAAUGCGGUCCUUGGACCUGACUUCUCAGCAAUUAGCCCUGAGAGGGAAGAAUCGGCUGGCUCCUGGGAAUACGCUGAGAGCACACAGAGCUUCCCCACACCUUCACAUUUGUACUUUGCUGCCCAGGCGCUUGCUUCAGUAGUCUUCCCAGCCCACUAUGGCUACUGCCAGUAGCAGUGCAGGCAUCCGGUGGUCCAGACAGGAGACACGAACUCUUCUCUCCAUAUUAGGUGAGGCAGAGUAUAUUCAACGCCUUCAGACUGUGCAUCACAAUGCAGAUGUCUAUCAGGCUGUGUCUAAGCGAAUGCAACAGGAAGGCUUCCGCCGCACCGAACGUCAGUGCCGCUCCAAGUUUAAAGUUCUGAAGGCAUUGUAUUUAAAGGCCUAUGUUGCUCAUGCCACAAGUAUGGGCGACCCACCACACUGUCCUUUUUAUGACACAUUGGAUCAGCUUCUUCGAAAUCAGAUAGUGAGUGACCCAGACAACUUAAUGGAGGCUGCUGCUUGGGCCAAGCACUGUGAUCAGAACUUAGUGGCCUCUGGCACAGCAGGGGAAGAGGGAACCAGCAUGCUGAAAGCAAAAAGGACUCAAGCAGCAGAUGGCCAGCCUGUCUUGAAAACAGUUAAGGAAUUAGAUGAGGAUUGUCAGCUGAGAAUCAGUGACCGGAUACAAGAAACCAGUGACCUUGAGGACUCCUGGGAUGAAUCCUCGGGUGCAGGGUGCUCUCAAGGGACCCCCAGCUACAGCAGCUCCCACAACCUUUUCAGAGGUGCAGUUGCUCCCUGUCAGAGCAGCCCUAUGACCAGAUUGGGCAUGUCCGGUGAGCCUAAUCCUUCCACCAGCACCAACCGAAACCCUCCUGGUGCAGCCUCCACACUGCAGCCUCCAGUCUUCUCUUCCAGACUUGAUUUUGUCUCUGGUGGGAAUAUUCCUGUGGCCAGUGAGCCCCCAACAAGGUGGGCAAGGCGAAGAAGGCGGUCAGUGGCCAGGACAAUUGCAGCCGAGUUGGCAGAAAACAGGCGUUUGGCACAAGAGCUUUCAAAGCGAGAGGAAGAAAAACUGGACAGGCUAAUUGCUAUUGGUGAGGAGGCCAGUGCCCAGCAAGACACUGCCAAUGAACUGCGCAGGGAUGCGGUCAUCGCACUCAGACGCUUGGCCACGGCAGUGGAAGAGGCAACUGGUGCUUUUCAGCUAGGGCUUGAAAAAUUGCUUCAGAGAUUGAUUUCAAAUACCAAAAGUUAGGAACUGAUUGCAGAAGGAUACAGUUCCUAAACUAGUAAAAGUCUACUUCCAGCACCUGCCUUCUGGUACCCUGACUUACUGUGUCCUCAGAAGAGAGAAAAUGAAUCAUUAAUAUGUGGAGUGGUAGGAGUUUACUUGUGAGUUCCUUUUCCCAAGAUCCUCCAUUAAUCUUCCCAAAAUGUGAAGGAUUGCCUAACACAAAACAGAUGGAGCUAAAAUUCAAGAGCCAGUUCGUCCUGGCUUUGUCACUGAUACGAAGCAGUCUCCUUUACCUUGCUGUGACAGUUUCCUCAUCUGUAAAAUGGAGGACAGAUAACUCCUGCCCUGCCUACCUCACAGGGUUGUUGUGAGGAUCAGAUAGCUCUGAUGACCCACAAGUUCAGAAAUACAUCACAGAAAGUAAAUGUUCAGUCGUUGAAAAAAAUGGGAAAUUACGAUAUGAAAUAGAUACUGGAGAAGAAACAAAAUUUGUUAACUCAGAAGAUGUUGCCAGACUGAUAUUUAGUAAAAUGAAAG